CACCGUCCAAAUCGGAAAUCAAUAUCUUGUAAAAUCAAAAGGAAAUGUGGAGAUCGGUGCAUACGUCCCGUGUGGUUCUUCGACGAGGGCCGCUGACGGAAUCGCUGUUCGCGACGACGACGGCACCGAUGUCUAGAGAAGGCCUCUGUUUGCGAGCCAUUUCGAGCUCUGAUGUUAGAUCCAAGCGUUGCUCGUUCGCUGGAAGAACGAGGAAUCGCUCGAUGUUGCGAUCGCUCUCGUCUUCCGCGAACGGAGGAAGCGGCAAACGAGACGACGACAACGACGAAGGGGAGGAAUGGAUCCCACCCAUAGGGGGCGGAGCAGAUUCUGAUUCCAAUUCCAAAUCCAGCGAUUCUCGGUCGAUGCUGGCCAACAGCGAGCGCAUCGAAACUAUCCUGGACGUCGCUCGCCAAGUCAAAGAGCAGGAGCGAUUGGAUCGGGCCAUCCAGGAAACCGAAGAAGAGGCCGAGGCCCUCCUGCAGCUGACGGAGGAAGAGCAAAGGACCCUGUCGGACGAGGAGAUCCUGGAGCGCCUCGACGCCGUUCUAAAGCGCGAGGAAGAGCUGGAGGAAGAACUCGUGCGGAGGGAACUGGAACGCGAAGAAGCGCGGACCCAGCGGGAGGGAGUUCCAUCUGAGCAGCAGCAGCAACAACAACAACAGCAAGGAACGCCCGACUGGCUUCAGGCCCGGCGGGCCCGGCAGGGGAGCGGGGGGCAGAACUCAUCAGCUGGGGCCCCGGUGGUGGUCCCCGUGAUCCRCCACACACCGCUGACUGCGGACGAGAUCCAGCGGCUUCUGGAAGCCCACGGAGGGACCAACAUCGCCGUCGUGCCCGACGAUCCCGAGGCGCCGCGGAUGGGAGGUGCGGACGGGAUGGUCUUUUGCACCGCCGGUGGAAGCACCAGCGGAAGCGGAAGCUUUGUCGACAGCCGCACCACCCCCUACAUGAUAUCCWCCCUGGCCCGUGUCCUGAUCGACCACAUGAAGGACCGGGGCCUCGACGAGGACGGGACCGCCCCUGGGGCCAAGCGGAACACCAAGAACCGGUCGGCCACGGCGGCUGCGCCGUACGGAAGCAGCGCGUCGGCCACCGAGUCGUGGAACAUCGUUGACUGCGGAAACUACGUCGUCCACAUCCUGGAGGARUCCACCCGGAGAGACCUGCGACUCGAGGAACUCUGGUCGGGUUUCGAUCCGCUGUGGAGACUGGACAUCCUGGACGAGGAGGCCGUCGAAGAGUACUGCCAGCACAACCCGGUGCCAGAAGGAUACGACGGCACAACCGGGGCCCGGGGGAGCGUGCACGAAUACGACGGCGGCAACGAAUCGCCCGCAUUCGAUGAUGUGGUCCUGAAGCGGCUCGAGCGGAACCAGUUCGGCUUUACGAGGCGCCACAAGCCCGUGGUUCCACAGGCCAUCAAGAACAAGAACCGGAGGGCGGGCCGGAAGCACCGCCGGCAGCAAAAGGARCGGGCCUACUUUGGAGACGAAUAAGGGCCUGUGAUUUGCCAGCAAGCUGGGCAACAAAUUGUUCCGGCGUUUGGGUCACCAUACGGCAAUGAAAAAAAAACACAAGAGCGGUCAAUAUCAAGGAAGAAAAGGCGCAGAAGAGCAAACCACAUUGUAGAUGCCWACAAAGUGUGCUUCGGACGACUGGUGUUUACAACGAAUGU